ACGCCUAGCAGUUAGUGGCUAGGCGACCUGACAGAGCGAGGGCUUACUUCUAACAACCGUACCAGUGGUUCUUGGAACGUGAGAGAACGCCAGAUUCACAUCUUACCUGGCAUCACAACUACACAAGGUUGAAUUUGAACGCUACACAAGGCUGAACUUGAGCUAACAUUAGGACAUCCAAGAUGGCGCAGACGCUGGUGAUGGAGAAGUUUCGCGGGUUUCAGAAGUCUGGAGUGAAGCACGCCGAUGUGCUGGACGUGUAUAAAAAGUGGGCAUCCACUUAUGACAAGGACCUUGAGCUGAUAAAGCACGACUCGGCUCGCGCGGGCGCCUCGGCUCUGGCAGACGAGCUUCAGCGGCUCCAGAAGCCGAAAAACGUCCGUAUUCUGGACGUGGCCGCAGGAACAGGGUACUGCGGACUGGAGCUUAAGAAGCGAGGUUUCACCAACAUAGACGCCCUGGACGCCUGUCAGGAGAUGUUGAACGUGGCGGGAAGCAAAGACGUGUACCAGGCUCUCAUCUGUGAGGACGUGGUCGACAAACCUCUACAAAUCGAAAACGGCACCUACGAUGCUCUACUCUGCGUUGAAGGCUUCAUUGACGGUCACAUCAAAUGUGACGCCCUGCCUCACAUGCUGAAGGUCGUCAAACCAGGAGGCACGGUGGUACUGACAGUCCGGGAAGAGUUCCUCCACAUCACUGCCGAGUACCGGAAGUUAGACCCGCUGAUCGUGCGCCUGCGCGAGGAGGGAAUGUGGGAAUACAUCAUCAGGUACAUCACUCCGCACUACUUCGGCGACAAAGAUGGCGUCAUCUACGUGUACAGGCGCAAGUAGCGGUCACGGCGGAUAGGCUAACGUUCAACGUCAGAAGCGGAUUUUGAAGCCUCUACCAGGCUUCGGAAACGGCUGAAAGGAGUAGAAACAAUUAAGCUUCCAGGUGGUAUAAUGUCCUUGAUGUAAUCAUUUCAAGGUCUCACAUAAAGACCUACAAACACCUACCAAUUUCCAUGACAAUCCAUCUACAGCUUCUUGAGUUAUCGUGCAAAACCACAUACAUACAAACAUACAUACAAAAAUACAUAACGGUUCUGACCAAAGCAAACAGACCGUGAGAUAACAGAUAACCGCCAAGGGAGUACAGUUUACCGCUUACUGUCUAUUUGGCCAAUUUCUACUCUUUCCGGCCGUUUUCUGAAGCCUGGUAUUAAGAGGCUGUGCAUGUGUGGCAGAGAAAUUGCACAAAAUCGACGCACGUCACCUGGACCUCAAUAACUAACCACAUACCGAGUCAGUCAAGAAACCGGGAGCUAUAGCUACAAACACCGUAAUCGGGGAUCCAAAACAGAAAAUCGAAUUAGCAAACAAUGAAGGUAUGGGGGUGAUGAAACAUAGCUCAGAAAAAUCAUUUCAAUACAUAACAGGCAUAACUGUGAUCGGUGUUUGUCCAUCCCACAUUUUAGCCGUGUUUUUUUUUUUUCAUUUUCAUAUGGUGAAAUGUUUAAUGUACUUGUAUAUGCAUUGAAAGGAAUGUAGAUGUACAAACUGUGUAUGUGACUUGAUAUGUAUAUGUGUACGGUACAAAUAUAUGCUAUAUCUUUUUAUGUGAAUAUAGGUUCGAAUGUUAUGGUGUAUAAAAAAUCUAGUGGUUUUGCGUGAAAUUUGAUGUACUUUAUUCGAUAUGUACACCACGUACUUAUGAAUGAUUUUAUGAUAUAAUAUGAAGAGUUCUUUUUUUAGGUAGGGACGGGACAAAUGCAUACACUGAGAUUUCGCGAUGAAUAAAGGUAAACAUACGGGAAUAAGUAAAACGGCCUUUUCGUGUAUUAUUGAUGCAUGCUGCGUCAGGACUCAGGUGUUGACA